AUGGAGGUGUUCUUCGAGCGCAAUAAUGUCAUUCUAUUCUCCAUGGAAUUAGAUCCCUCGACUACAGUUCUAGAGAUGAAACAAGAGAUCAAAAAGUCUACAGGCAUCGCUGUUUCCGACCAAACCAUCUUCUUCAAAGGCAAGCUUCUAUUUGCAGAUCGAGACUCUCUUACUCUCACGCAAUGCAAGAUCGUCAAAAAAUCUCGUGUCGAGUUAUACUUCCCCCUUUCACGUUACAACAUCAGUCUAAUCCUUCAGCAAAUGCAGCAAUCUCCAGCUCCGUCAACGUCGGUUAACAUUGAAGAUUCGCCUGAAAAGAAUCAAGAUUCGAACGUGAUGGACAAGAGCAACGACGGUCAUCAAGUGCUUCAUCAACUCGAGAAAUCUCUAGUACCAUCAUGGUCAAUUGAUGAGGUCUUCGGCACUCAAGAAUGGCCUGCGGCAACGGAAGGAAACGUUAGUGUUCCAGAACCGUCGUGGAGAAACAACAACGUCCAUCAAGCUUGGCUUCAAAGAGAGUCAUCAUCUUCUACGUCAAACAUAUUUGGAGACUUCUUGUUCGAUGAGGACAACAACCAAAUGCUUCAGCCAACAGAGCAAUCUCUAGCUCAGUCAACGUCGGUUCAAGCUUCGCUCGGAGAUUAUCAAGAUUGGUCUGCGGUGGAGAGGAGCAUCUUCUUUCAGAUGCUUGAUCAACCGGAGCAAUCUCUGGCAGGGUCUGCGAUGGCGAGACAGGACAAGAAUCAAGAUUUGUUUCAAAGUGGGCCAUCUUCUACGUCAAACACAUUCGGAGGGGAUCUUCCUUUGCCAACAGAACUUUUCAGUAACAUUCAAAGUCACUGGCCUGCGAGUACAACCCAAGAACAUAGGAUCAGCGAUCAAUAUUUGCCUGUGAGUCAAGUGGUUCAGACCCAGACACCUACGAGGUCGAUCAGACACGUGAUUAACAUUCCAGAUUCGCCUGAGAAUAGCAGCAAGAAACGGGCCAAGAAUCUUUCGACAGUGAUGGUGUUGUCAUUUCCCGUUAGUGACACACCUGCGAUCAAGUUUCCUGUGGAGGUGAACGCGAGUGAUAACGUUGAAGUACUGAGGACAGAGCUGGCGAAGAUGCAGCAGAGGUGUCAGUUACUUCUCCCUGAAGGAGGGCACUUCUUUAUACACAAAACACAAAUUUUAUACGAGAAGCAGUCAUUCCGCUGGAACCGUGUUGCUCAGGGAGAUACGAUUGAGAUUUUUCCAGGAAGUGUUACCCGAUGACCAACGUACAAACACUCGAACAUAACUAUGUUGCAGUAGUAUUCUCAUUCCUUUAUAGCUUCAC